AUGCAGCCGACGGUUGUCCCGAUCUCCAAGCGGACGCCUUUGGCUUGUGUCGCGUGUCGUCGUCGGAAGACCAAGUGCGACGGAGUCCAGCCGCAAUGUCACUAUUGCUCGUCCAGGGGCAUCCCUUGCCAGUGGCCUUUGAGCCCGGGGACCGUGACAACUUCUCCCACGGGAAGGAAUGUCUAUACACUGCCCGAAACCGAUGAACGGGUCACCAACCCUUCUUCCACCGGGAACCCCGGCCGGCGGAGUCUCUCCGCCGACUUGUCCCCCAGGGUGUCCGUCGAGAACGUGAGUGUGCUACCCAGCCAGGCUGCUCUUCAACGAUGUCUCGCCAUCUUCUUUGAAAGGCACUUUGAAGUGGAUCUCUGCUGCUUCUUCCACCGACCCAGUUUCGAUCCGACCAACCCCAACAACCGAUUUCUCGUCACAUCGAUAGUGUCGCUUUGUGCACGAUACCUAACCGCGGAUGAGGCCCGCGUCUUGUUUGACGCUCCGUCUCAACAACAGGUAUACCGCCACUUUACGAGACUUGCCAAGAAGAUGGCCCGUGAGACCUCGGACCUCCCUAGUGUGACCAACAUUCAAGCAAAUCUGGUCCUCAGUCUGUCAGAGCUGCUGUCCGAGGCGCCCUCGGGUCAGUGGAUGUACGCGGGGACGGCCAUUCGAAUGGCGCAAGUUAUGCGUCUGAACAAAGAGUAUCACGACAAGCACCCGGAGCAGGAGAGAGAGGUCCGCCGACGAACGUUCUGGGCCUGUCUGCUGUUCGACAGACUCCUCGCGUUCUUUCUGGCCAAGCCACACACCUUGUCUUUGAAAAACGUGGCAAUUGCACUUCCGAGUAGCAAUCUAUCACUUGCAUACGGGGAGCCAAGUCGAGGUGUGACCUUGGCGAACUUGGCCACCUACAAUGGGAGCGCGUCUGACCUCGGUCUACUUCCUUACGUGAUCAAGAGUCUUUGUCUUUGGUGUGAGCUUGCUAAUUUCCACGUGUGUCAAGCGAGGAGAUCGGAGCCACUUCCGCCCACCGAUCCCUACAGCCAAUUUUCCAUGUUCUCGACUGCGGUAAGGAGCUGGAUGGACCUUCUUCCCAGCCGGUUACGAUGGUCCCGAGAAAACCAUAGCAUCCAUCUAGCUCUUAAUCAGGGAGCGGCUUUUAUGGCAAUGCACUGUCUGCUGAGGAGCGCCCUAUGUGUUGCUCACCAGGACUAUCUCCCGCAGACGGAUGGCUCGUCGAUUCUUCUUGACCAAACAGAUGCCGCCGGCUGGUCAUUACUUCACCGCGAACCAAGCAUCGUGUCGACCUGUGUGUCGAACGCUCUCGCGGUGGGCGAGUUAGUGUCAGCCUAUAUCCAGUCCGAGACGAGUGAACCAGCUCCCAGACCAUCCAUAUUUGUCGCGCUGGCAAUUUUGUCCGCCGCAAGUCCGCUUUUGUGGUUGCAGUACACCGAAGACCCGCAAGAGUUUGGCCAAGAUCGAGGUCGUGCUUGGAAUUAUUUCUUGGAGUUCCAAAACCUUUUGAGUUGUUGGCGGAAAGUGUGGAAGAUCGCUCAUGUGUGGUUGAGAGAAGUGGAGGAGAUGCGUGUCCUUUACAGAUACGCGUAUCAGGGAGAGGUCGACGCGAAUAGCACGGAACACCCUGCGGAGGAAUGCAGCUGUGAGAGCGGCGGUGACCAAGAAGAAUCGGACCUGUACAGACCACAGCCAGGAGAUGGAUUACCCCAAUGCAGCUGGCCCUCCGACCUGACCACGUUGCUCCAGUUGAAUAGCGUCACUAAAGUGAGUCUGCCUGCUGAACAUCAACUAUCAGUCUGGCUCGCUCUGACGCGGGGAUGGCAGCCCGGAGUGGACGACGACAUAUUCCUGGACAUCAAUGACCGGAUCGCCGUGGACUCCUGA